CCGUCUCCUCCGCUAGCUUAGCCUGCUAGCUAGCAGCCCAGGUAAACAUGGCCAUGUCGCAGGCUCUGUCAGAGGAGGAGUUUCAUCGGAUGCAGGCUCAGCUGUUGGAGCUGCGGACUCAGAACUAUCAGCUGUCUGAUGAUCUCAGGAAGAACUCUGCAGAACUGAAUGCCGUCCGUCAGAAGAAUGUGGUGUUGGAAAGAGAUUUUGUCAAAGCACAGAAGGCUUUGAAUAAGAGCAAGAAAGCUCAGGAAGUGGAUGCGUUGCUGAGUGAGAACGAGAUGCUUCAGGGGAAACUCCACAGUCAGGAGGAAGACUUCAGACUACAGAACAGCACACUGAUGACUGAGCUCUCCAAGCUGUGCACACAGAUCGAGCAGCUGGAACAGGAAAACCAGGGCCUGAAGGAAGGAGGAGCUGCCUCAGCAUCCAGCCCUCCACCCAACCCCACCUCCAGUCCUGUUGAUGGAGAACUCCUUCGCCUCCAGGCUGAAAACUCCACCCUUCAGAAGAAGAUGAAAGCCCUCCAGGAGCGCUUUGACAAAGAGCUCCAGAGGCAGGUGGUCGCCCAGGGCAACCAGGGCGCUACCACGGAGACCGACGGGUCAGCCAGCACCAAUGGAGUCUCUGAUGUCACAGGGGGAGGGGAGGAGCCAGCAGCGGAGGCAGCGAAUGACAGACUGGAGCAGACGGAGGCUCAGCUGGAGCACACAGGGAAACAGCUCCAUGGCCUGUCAGAGAAGAGCGUAGAGAAGAUUGUAGCUAAGCAGGCAGCGCUAGGCUGGUCGGCUGCUCUCUGUCCAAUAACUCACUGCUUUGGACCAGAGCUGGAGAUGGCACUGAACACCGAGCAGGAGGAGAAGAGGCUGCUGAGGGAGCAGAUCCUCAGCCUGGAGGCGUCCAAACAGGCUGAAAUCACCAAACUGCUGGAAGAGAUAACAAAGCUGUCUGACAAGUUAAAGAAGAAACAGGAGAGUUUUCAGCGUCUGCAGGGAGAGAAGGAGGUUCUGUACAACGACAGCAGGACAAAGAUUGAUGAGAUCAACCAAAGGAAAGAAGAAGAGCUGAAGGCCAUGAACAUCCGCAUCCAGAAACUACAGUCAGACCUCAUGGCAGCCAAUCAGGUGACAGCUGAGCUGAGAGAGCAGCUGCAGAGCAAAGAGAAGGAACAUGAAAUGGCUGUGCACACUCUGAAAGACCAGGUAGCCAAUCAGAGUGCAGUCAGUCAGGAACAGGUGGACAACAUCCUUCAGGAGAACGAUGCACUGAGGACAAACCUAGCAGCUCUAGAACAGGAAAACAGUGCUCUGAGGACCAAUCUGUGUGCUCUUGAACAGAUCCAGACGGUGAAGACGCAGGAGAUGAAUCUGUUGCGUGAGCAGCAGGAGGCGCUGACGGCUGAACUGCAGCAGAGACGAGCUGAACAGGAGAGUCUGUUGGCUCAGAGAGACGACCUGAACUCCCAGCUACAGGAGUCGAGUUUUGCCAACAGAAAGUUGUUGGAACAGUUAACUGAAGAAGGACAAGAGAAGGAGAAACUGCUGAGAGAGCUGGAUGAGGCUAAGAAGACAGCAGAGAAGAGGAAGGCCAUGUUGGAUGACAUGGCCAUACAACUGAACCAGGAGAAGUCUGACCACAAGGAGGCGCUGUCAGACCUCAAACUGCAGCAUGAGAAGGAGGUUCUCGGGGUGAGGGCUCGGUAUGAGAAGGAGCUCAGAGGACUCCAUGAAGACAAGAAUCGCUCUGAGGAGGAGAUCCGACAGCAGCUUAGAGAUGAAAAGGCUCGGACCAGAGAGCUGGAGGGUCUUCAGCAGCGGGUGGAGGAGCUGCAGGCUCAGGUUCUGUCCAUGGAGGGAACCAAAGGAUGGUUUGAGAGACGACUCAAGGAGGCUGAGGAGAACAUAGAGAAGAAGUCUCUGGAACACCAGGACGAGAUCGAGCGGCUGCAGAAAGAACACACACAUCAGCUGGAGGAGAAGCAGUCAGAGAUGGAGGGAUUGAAGCAGCAGCUGGUGGAGGUGGAGAAACAGAGGGAUGAACACAACGACACCAUUGAGAAACUCAAACAGGAGAUAAAGGACACCGUGGACGGUCAGAGGAUUCUAGAGAAGAAAGGAAGCGCAGCGCUGAAGGAUUUGAAGCGGCAGCUGCAGCUGGAGAGGAAGCGAGCCGACAAACUGCAGGAGAGACUCCAGGAGAUCCUGACCAACAGCAAGACCAGGACAGGUCUGGAGGAGCUGGUUCUGUCAGAGAUCAACAGUCCCAGUCGGACUCAGCAGACUGGAGACUCGUCCUCCGUCUCCUCCUUCUCCUACAGAGACAUGAUGAAGGAGGCUCAGCCAGCCAAUCAGAACAAGUCUGGAGGCGGCAGCCCUCAGUCUCAGCGUCCGGCUGAGUUAUCUGAUGACGAGGUCGGGGAGUUGUUCCAGAGACUCGCUGAGGUUCAGCAGGAGAAAUGGAUGCUGGAGGAGAAGGUGAAACAUCUGGAGGUGAGCUGUUCAUCGAUGGCUGAAGAUAUCUGCAGGAAGAGCGCCAUCAUAGAGACCUACGUGAUGGACAGCCGCAUCGACGUGUCAGGCAGUGCAGUCGGAGGUCAUGGAGGCUCUCAGGGAGACCGAGGAGGUCUGGGUUCGGUCCUCAGAGAUCUGGUCAAACCGGGAGACGAAAAUCUGCGAGAGAUGAACAAGAAGCUGCAGAACAUGUUGGAGGAGCAGCUAACCAAGAACAUGCACCUGCAGAAGGACCUGGAGGUUUUGUCCCAGGAAUUAGUCCGACUCAGUAAAGAGAGCAGUCCUGGUGGCAGUGUGGCGGGGUCGGGAUGAGACUAUUGCUUGGAUCCAUCCAUCCUUUCUCUUCAUUCUUACUACUAUUGUUCAGCGGACGGUGUGUGCUGGGCUAAGACUAACACCUGGAACUGACAUUUCUCCCUGCAUUUAUCAACUGAAGACCUGCUGUGGGCCUCGACUACUGAUUGGAGCUGCUAUGAUUUCACCACCUCGGUCUGCUCACAGGGCUUUGACUACAUGCUGGAAUUUGUCCAUCUGUUGUUUCUUGAUGCAGAAACAAAUAAAGGGAGGAAAGGAGGAAGAAGAAGGAACUUAAGUGGAAACGUUGAGCUCAGCUCAUUUAUGUUGCUAUUGAAUGUACUGUUAUUAGACUGCACCACCCAGUUCUUGUCGAGUUGUGACUACGUCCUGGAAAACACACAUUGUAACAGACUGUAAAUUGUACUUCCACUCUUUUCUUUGUCUUAAGGUGAUUUCAGACUGUCGCUUGUUUACUGAAAUCAUCGUAAAGACUAACAUCUGUGUCUUGGGUGCUGGCUAUGUCCUGGAAUAUAUGUGCCUGGUACCUUAACUGAGAUACAGGAUUGGUGUCUAUGUGCAGUAACUCGGCUGUGAUCUGGCUAUUUCCUGAGCUUCCUGUCUGCAACAAAAUACUAAAUGUUAGGGGUCGGUGUAUGACCUGGAUUGUCUGAGAUGUUUGACUUUAGUUGACCUUUAAGAUUCUUUCUUCACUUUGGAAACAAAAAAGUCUCCACCACAUGGUCGCGUUUUUCCCCCGUGCUUUCAACCACAUCUCUAGGCCUUCAUCAGCGGAUGCUCAGUUGUCAAGGAUGUGGUUUAAUACUUGUGACCACUAAAGCAGCUCCAUGGCAACUGAGCAAAGAUCAGCUAUUGACAAAGGCCAUGAGAUGGAGCUGAAAGCUCCAGUAAAGACAGACGUAGGAGGUGGAUCUUCUGUCCAGAAGCUCUUCUGACAGAUAAGGUUAAUACAUACACAACAUUAUUAACACCAGGUGAUAGACAUAUCCAACAGACAGGCUUCCUGGUCAACAAACAUCUAGUCCAGUUUGUAUCCACCGCCGACUGAAAACAGACGCAGCAUGAAUGAAAAGUUGAAGGCCAAACUGUAGACAGUCCAUGUGAUCACGUCUCUGUGUCCAUGUGAUCACGUCUCUCUGUCCAUGUGAUCCCGUCUCCUCUUCACGCUGACUGACGUGUUUUCUUCGACAAGGAUCACGUGCAGACAUUUCAGAGUCUUCAUGUUCGUCCAGCUGUUGCAGCUUCAUAUUUUCUUCCCGUGAAUUUGAGACGUCAAGUUUCGUCCUCCGUCCUCAUCAGUCAGUCUGAACAGGAGACGUGAUUGUUGGCAAAGCUUCACGUCCUGCAGCGUGGACAGACGCUCUGCUCGGGUUGAACUCGGCAGGUCAUGUGACGUGUGGUCAAAGGAGGGAAAGAGACAAGAGGUGGAGCCAUUGAUCACACAUUCUCUCCUGGAAGACAUAAAUAUUGUUGACUGUCCUUUCUCACCUCCACACAGUCGACCAAUCACUGAGUGAGGUGGGUGUGAUGUCACAUCAGUUUCAGGAAGUCACAGAAAUGAUCGGGCGGGGGAGGUUUCCAGUUAGCGUGGCGGUCAGCUGUGGAGCUACAUUCACCUGCUUCCAGGCGUCUGAAGCACCGCACACAUCUCUGCACAGGUGUGUUGUCAGUCAGCCAAUCAGAGCUUUGCAGACAGAAUAAAGUCUUUCCCACAAAGUUAGCAUGCUAACAGCUACAGCCACAACACAGUGACAGAAUGAAGAAGAACUCUUAAAUGAAGACUGAUGAAGAUGAACUGUUGCUAACAGCCUCCAGCAGAGCUUCAGUCUCCAUGACAACACAAACGUGACGAGUGAUCCGCGUGAAGCUUCAGUCACUGAAAGACGUCUGAAAUCACUCAGAUUAACUAAAUAUUCUCUUUAUUUUCUGUCAGCUUGGUGUUUGGCUUGUGAACGGAACUGAAACUCUACCGGUGAUCGAACUCAGUCGUAAAAGUCGGCCAUGGCUAUGUCAUGGAGCACAAACAUACUGUACCCCAUGUUAACAGUUUGUAUGUUUCCUUUGGUUUUUUGUGUGUGUUGGGCUCUGGUUAUUUCCUGGACUAAAUGGUCAUCUUACAUGUUUCUGUCUCUGAACAGAUGAUUUUUUUGCUAAGUUGUGAAAUUAUUCUGCAUGUUUUAUUUAUUAUUUUCCACACGCUCUGGGAUGUAAAACACUUGAUGGCCGCAACUAUUUGCUGGAUUCAUAGUCCUCGAGUGUAAUUAGGGCUUGUUUCUGGAGGUUUUAUUCUAAUGAAAUUGUUAUUAAUUUAUCACUUUACUUUGAAAUUUAAAAAUCAAAAGAAACUGCAUGAAAACCUCAUAAAAUCUCUCAGUAAUCUAAAAUUAAAGUUCGAUUUAAGUUUUGAGAGAAUUAUUGAGCCACUGCUUUUAAUUUUUUCCUCUUCUCGAAAAAGUCUGUAAAUCUGAUCUGAGAUCUGUCUGUGGCUCUUUGCUUUCUUGGGUUUACGCUAAUUUAGCUUUUUACCUGGGCCGUGUCUAUAUCUUGGAUGAGAUGAACUGUAAUUUGUCUUACACUAUGAAUUUUUUGUGAUUUAUUUGCGUUCUUACUGAUGACACCAAACAAAGUGAAACUGACAGCGGCUGUUCAGCGACUCUGUUGGGCCGGGUCUACUUCCUGCUUCAAACAACAGAUCUCAUUGUUUUGACUGUAAAUCUGCUUCUGUUCUGUGAUUUUGUAAAAAUUAAGUUAAACAUGUUACAGGAAAUGAAAGUCAAGCAUUUCCUGUCUCCUCUGCCUUUGUUUCUUCUCUUAGACUCUGACUACAUCCUGGAUUGAAUGUCUGCCUCAGACUAUAUCCUGGACAUUGCCUAUAGCAGACUGUGUUUUAUGUUGUAACUGCCUGUAUAUUUCUGCUUUAUUUUUGUUUCUACACUGCAGGAAAGUCAACGCUUCAGUCUGAUGUUAAGACUUUAAAAUCUGUAAAUGUGUGAGAAAAACUCGACUUGUUUUCAGUGCAGCUUCAUUUGUUCAUGGGCUAAAGAGGGAAGAAGAGUCUCAUGUAGCUCCUGUUCAACCUAAAAUCCUUUAAAACCAACUUUACUGAUUGUAACGAUGCACAAAAUAUCAGAAAUAUUAACUGGAGACAUCAGAUUGAACAAGAUAAAUCUCAUUUAAAAUAUUUCAACAUCAGAAAAGGAAUCUAAAAAAAAAUAUUAAUAAUAAUAAAGGAGUCCAGGAGGCGGUCGAGCUUCACUGAAAACACACUGAAGCGUUUCCUCGCUCACUGGUGAAGAGUCGGCACAGGACAGACUGAGCGGGAUCAGUCUAUGUGCUGGGCAGCCGCUCGGCCUGUUGCUUUGGUUUGUAAUGUUUAAAUCUGUAUAUACACGCUGUGAUAUGACUUCUAACUGUAUGAAGAAUCAACAGAUCUAUUUAUGAGACUGAUGAUGAUCAUGACGCUAAUUAUUGUAACGAAAAAAUAUGAUAAAAUAUCGUCUGG